UGAAGCCUAGAAUCCAGAUCCGCAUUCUCUGACUGGAUUGCCACCUUUCUCUCGUUCUCCCUUGUUUCCUUUCCUCAUGCCAACCCAUUCCCUCGAAAAACCUCUCUUCCCUUCUUCCCACCCCCUCUCUCCAUCCCAAUGGAGCUGCCCGUCUCUGAUCCCCCUCCGGCGAAAGAUGCCGCACCCCCAUCCCACUCCUGCCCCCACUGCGACGCCGAGAUGGUCCACAAGAUCGCGCAGCUCCUCCUCCCCGGCCUCGCCACCGCCUGCGUCGACGCCACCGCCGGCAACCUCUUCUCCGGCCCCUCCUACGUCGCCGUCGACCUUCGAAAAGAAAUGGUGGAGUACCUCACCCAACGCAGCCAAACCUACCUCGCCGAAUCGAUAAUUCAUCCCGAUGACGCCGAUCUAGAUCGAAAUCCCACGGAAGGGAAGCCCGACGACCCGGCCGACAUCGUCUCCGACCUCAUGGAAGACUUCGCCAGCUCGAAAAGAACCAUCUUUGGCCGCGUCUCCGGCUGGCUGCUGAGCGACACCCGGGAGGACAAGAUCGACGAUUUCGGUCAAGAAAUGGAGAUGAACCGAUUCUGGCCGAUCGACAGAAGGGAGUCCGUCUCGGAAAUUCUGUUACGGAAUCUGGAUUUCAAGAACGAGUUCCAUUGCCGAAUGAAAUUCGACACGGAAAAAGCGCUGGCCGAGCAUAAAAACGGAUGCGAAUUCCGGCCGGCUGAGUGCGACAGCGAGGGCUGCACGGCCAAGUUCUGCGCGGCGCACAGGGAGCGGCACUACGCGGCGUGCCCAUACAGGGUGGUGGCGUGCGAGCAGGGGUGCCCGGAGAGCCUCGUCCGGCGGGAGAUGGACCGCCAUUGCAUCACCGUUUGCCCGAUGAGGAUGGUAAAUUGCCCCUUCUUCCCUGUCGGGUGCCAGUCCGCGUUCCCGGCGUGCGGCCUCGCGCGGCAUUGCACGGAGUUCCUCCGGUCGCACCUCCUGUGCGUUCUGCCGCUGGUUCACAAGCCGGAGGGGUUGUCCACCGAGGAGAUGGAACGGCGGGCGCAGCUGCUGGAAGAGCAAGCUCAGGGUGAACUAUCAGAAGCUUUGGAUGUAAGAUCUCUAACAUUUGCGAUAAAGGAGCAAGAAGCAGAGAUAAGAAAUUAGUAGGCGACCUCCUUAAAGAUAGCUAGAGGAUGGAGCACAAGAUACCCGGCCAAAGCUCUCACUACAUGUCAGCGAAGAGAAGUCAUGAGAUGAGACUCUCGGUGCAUUAACAGUCAAGCAUACGUUUUACACUUCAUUUUUCUUUCCAAAGUUCUCUGUGAUCAUUUUUGUUAGAAGGAAAACAUUGCAGAUCCUUUCUUUUCCAUC